AUUAUUGUGGUUGCCAGUGACGGACCGGAAGCCCCACUUUCACGCCAUUUUAAGACGUUGGCGAGCGGCUAGCUGCUGGAAGGAAAUGUGAUCGACCCCUUCUUAGCUAUGCCAGUUACUUAGUGGUUAAAAAAAAAAUUGCCUUCGCUUAAUUGUUCGAACGUUAAUCCAACUGACUAAACCCCUUUUACUUAGAUUACUCUUCCAGCCAUGUCGACCGAGGGAGCAGCCGACCAGGCAGCGGCAGAGUAUAUUCCCGAGAAGGUGAAGAAGGCAGAGAAGAAGUUGGAAGAAAAUCCAUAUGACCUUGACGCAUGGAGCAUUCUGAUUCGAGAAGCACAGAACCAACCCAUAGAUAAAGCGAGGAAGACAUAUGAGCGACUUGUCUCACAGUUCCCAAGUUCUGGCAGAUUCUGGAAACUAUUCAUUGAAGCAGAGAUCAAGGCUAAAAACUAUGACAAGGUAGAAAAGUUGUUUCAGAGAUGCUUAAUGAAAGUGCUGCACAUCGACCUGUGGAAAUGCUACCUCUCAUAUGUCCGAGAGACUAAAGGGAAGCUUCCCAGCUACAAAGAAAAGAUGGCCCAGGCGUACGACUUCGCCCUGGAUAAAAUUGGCAUGGAAAUUAUGUCUUACCAGAUUUGGGUGGACUACAUUAAUUUCCUAAAAGGAGUUGAGGCUGUGGGGUCAUACGCAGAGAACCAGAGAAUCACUGCAGUACGGAGGGUCUACCAGAGAGGCUGCGUGAACCCCAUGAUUAACAUUGAACAGCUCUGGAGAGAUUAUAGCAAAUAUGAGGAGGGCAUCAACGUGCAUUUGGCCAAAAAGAUGAUUGAGGAUCGAAGUAGAGAUUACAUGAACGCCAGGAGGGUGGCCAAGGAGUAUGAGACGGUGAUGAAGGGGCUGGACAGGAAUGCACCGUCGGUGCCACCCCAGAACUCCCCUCAGGAGGCCCAGCAAGUGGAAAUGUGGAAGAAGUACAUCCAGUGGGAAAAAAGCAACCCACUCCGCACAGAAGACCAGACGCUUAUCACAAAGAGAGUGAUGUUCGCCUAUGAGCAGUGCCUGCUGGUGCUGGGCCACCAUCCCGACAUAUGGUAUGAAGCAGCACAGUACCUGGAGCAGUCCAGCAAACUGCUGGCAGAGAAAGGGGACAUGAAUAAUUCAAAGCUGUUCAGUGACGAGGCAGCAAACAUCUAUGAACGUGCCAUUGGGACUCUUCUAAAAAAGAACAUGCUUCUUUACUUUUCAUUUGCCGACUACGAAGAAAGUCGCAUGAAGCACGAGAAAGUCCACAGCAUCUACAACAAACUGCUGGCCAUUGAGGACAUUGACCCCACGCUGGUGUACAUCCAGUACAUGAAGUUUGCCAGGAGGGCGGAGGGCAUCAAGUCCGGUCGCACCAUCUUCAAAAAGGCCAGAGAGGAUCCACGCACGCGUCACCAUGUGUACGUUACGGCAGCGCUGAUGGAAUACUACUGCAGCAAGGAUAAAUCUGUGGCCUUUAAGAUUUUUGAGCUUGGUUUGAAGAAAUAUGGGGACAUUCCAGAGUACAUACUCGCGUACAUCGAUUACCUCUCACACCUUAACGAGGAUAACAACACCAGAGUUUUGUUUGAGCGUGUCCUCACCUCAGGAAGCUUAUCACCAGAAAAAUCAGGCGAGAUCUGGGCUCGGUUCCUGGCCUUUGAGAGCAACAUAGGAGACCUGGCCAGUAUUCUGAAAGUUGAGAGGAGGCGCUUCACUGCCUUCAAGGACGAGUACGAGGGCAAAGAGACGGCCUUGCUCGUAGACAGAUACAAGUUCAUGGACCUGUACCCCUGCUCUGCCAGUGAACUCAAGGCCCUUGGAUACAAGGACGUGUCUCGUGCCAAGCUGGCGGCCCUGCUCCCAGAGACUGUGGUGGCACCUUCUGUGCCUGCGCUAAAGGACGAAGCCGACCGUAAACCCGAGUACCCCAAACCAGACACCACUCAGAUGAUCCCCUUUCAGCCUCGUCACCUUGCCCCUCCAGGUUUACACCCUGUCCCCGGUGGAGUUUUCCCAGUCCCUCCAGCUGCUGUUGUCCUAAUGAAGCUGCUGCCUCCACCUACGUGCUUCACUGGCCCCUUCGUCCAAGUGGAUGAGCUCAUGGAAACUUUCAGGAGAUGCACACUUCCUGAGACUGUUGACGCUGCUGUAGAGCUGAUCACUGGAAGACAGCCCGACGCAGGAGGGGAGGGCAAUGGAUCCAUGGAGAACCACGCUAUUGCCAAGUCACUGAAGAGGCCUAACGCAGACUCAGACGAGGAGGACGACAAAGGAGCAGUGGCUCCGCCCAUACACGACAUCUACCGCGCACGCCAACAGAAGAGGAUUCGAUAAACCACCGUGAGCCCUUCAAGAAUGUAAUCUUAGCAGAUCAUACAUCCUCUGAUCUCUGUACAGAAGACAAGCGUACAUUCACACACACACACACACAGACACACAUACAGUAUGCACACCUGAGUGUUUUUGUCUUUUUGUUUUGUUUUCGUCGACAGUUUUUAUUUUUAAAGACUGACCAUUAUACUGUACAAAAUUUUUAAUUCAACCAUUGGUUUUGACACACCGCUCAGUUUUGGCCUUGUUAUGUCCCAGCGAUGGCAAAGUUGAAGAAAGCUUUUUUUAGAUAACUGAGGGAAACACGAUUCCUUUCAAUAAAAAUGGAAAACAAAA